CUGGGAAAGCGAGAGAGGCAGAGAAAGCGAGAGAGAUUGAAAAGCGAGAGAGGGAGAGACAAAGAAAGCGAGAGAGACAGAGAAAGCGAGAGAGACGCGAGAGAGACAGAGAAAGCGAGAGAGAGGCAGAAAGCGAGAGAGACAGAGAGAGCGAGAGAGACAGAGAAAGCAAGUGAGAAAGAGAAGGCGAGAGAGGCAGAGAAAGCGAGAGAGCCAGAGAAAUCGAGGGAGCCAGAAAAACGAGAGACAGACAAAGCUAGAGACAGACAAAGUGAGAGACAGACAAAGCUAGAGACAGAGAAGGCAAGAGGCAGAGAACGCGAGAGGCAGAGAAA